AGCACAGCGUAUUUGCUCAACAUCUUGUUGUGUAUCCUUCCUCGAGAUCUCUACAAACACGGCCUUUCGUUACAUGACGCAAAUUCUCACGCAAUUGCUUGGUGGUACCAAUGUGUCUGUGUGGUGGGUGAGAGGUCAAUUAAUAUGACUUAAAUCGAGGUCGCUCUGUGCUCGUGUUUAUGUUUUUUUGAAGGGGAUAAAGAGGCGCCUUGUGACUGUGUUUCUCUUUUGGGUUGAAAAUGGCUGCCCCAACCAACUCUUUCUUAGUAAUUGCUGCUGGCCCCAUAGCAAACAGCGAUUGCACAUAAAACAUACAUUAUAAAUACAAGGGGAGAAGAACAAAAAAAACAUUUUUUUUUUAAAUGAACAAACCGCCAAGCCCUUGACUAAUGUGAACUCAACGGGCGAGAACUGAUGUGUGUGCGAGAGGAGACACAUUGUAAAUCUGCAAAGUUAAAAGCAAGCCGGACGGUGUUUUUUUUUUUUUUGUUGUUGUCGUUGUUGUUAUUAUUGUUGCAAAUUUUAAAUGAAAUCAACGGGAAUAUCUUUCUCAAGAAGUGGAUUACAACUACAGAGAAAAGCGAGCCCAGAUGCAGCGUUGUUAAUUCUUUCGGGAGUCGAGCAUUGGGUACGAGGCGGCGGAUUGUAUUUGAUCCUGCUAAGUUUUAUUCGGCUCUUUUCGUGUUUUUAUUAAAGGAAUCGUUGUAUCUGUAAUUCGUAUGUUCUCGAUCGGGCGCUUCCCUGUUUUGAUUCGAAGUGAGAUUAGCCAACGCUUCUUUCCAAAUGGGAGUAUUUUGAUGUGUGAAGGUUUCAAGACUGCAGCGUAAAAGGUCUCUCUGCCAGGGAGAUCGGGUUCAGGGGAAGGAAUGGAUGAACAGAAAUCGAACAGCGAGGAGGAAACCUCAGCUGAUGACAGCGCCCCCCCAGAGCAGCCUGCCCCUUCUGAGGGGGACCCAGAGCCACCAGCUGCCACCUCCAAGACCGAGGAACACACACCGGAUCCCCCAGGCCAGCCCAGCAGGGAGAAUCAGCAGGGUUGUGCUUUCUGUAACUGUGGCGGGAGGAGUUUACAUGGACAGAGAGAACUGCGCAGCUUUGAACCCUCGGAUAACCGGCCAGAGCUGCCCCCUGAGAGUGACCAGGCUGCUGGACAGAUCGGGGAGGAAGCGAGGGCACAAGGGCUCUCGGAUGACCUGUCCAGCAUCGGCUUUGCAGACGGCUUCUCUGCAUCUUUACUGUUUGACCAAACAGGUCGUUGCUGGGCUCAUCACUGGUGCGCAGCCUGGUCAGCAGGAGUUCAGCAAGACAGUAGCCAAGGACUAGCUGGUGUGGACAGGGCAGUCGCCUCGGGGAUCAAGCAGCGAUGUGAAUACUGUAAGAGGCUGGGUGCUACCAUUCGGUGCCAGUCGGAAGCGUGUUCGCGGUUCUAUCACUUCCCCUGCUCUGCGGCCAGUGGUUCAUUCCAAUCCAUGAAGCAUUUAGCUCUUCUUUGUCCGGAGCAUGUGGAUAAGGCAGUUGAAAUAGCGAAGGAAGAGGCUCGCUGCGCGGUGUGCGACUCCCCCGGGGAGCUCCUGGACCAGUUGUUCUGCACCGGCUGUGGGCUUCACUACCACGGGGCGUGCCUGGAGAUCAGCGCCACGCCACUCAAGCGCUCAGGCUGGCAGUGCCCGGAGUGCAAAGUGUGCCAAACCUGCAGGCAGCCUGGUGAGGACUCCAUGAUGCUGGUGUGCGAUGCCUGUGAUAAGGGUUACCACACCUUCUGUCUGCAGCCAGCCAUGGAAUCCCUGCCUACCGACACAUGGAAGUGCAAGAACUGCCGCGUGUGCAGCGAGUGUGGAACCCGGGGCUCGGCAUCGCACAGCGGGGCCCUCUGGUAUGAGAACUACUCCCUGUGUGAGAGCUGCCACCGGCACCGCAGCGCUGUGUGUGCCAGCUGCGGGAAACCAACCCCAACGGAGAGCCUUCUGUGCUGCCAGACGUGUCGAGGGUGGGUGCACCGUGAAUGUACAGGUCUCUCGGAAACCCCAGCUGGCAAGUACACCUGUGUCUUAUGCAGGGGCUCCUCUCCAGCAUUGGCAGUCGCUGACAAAGCUGCUGCCCAGGACACAGGCACACCGAUGGAGCUGGGGAAAGAGUCCGACUCGGAGGACAGAGAGGUGAAGGAGAAUCUGCAACAGGGAACAGAAACGCUGGCAGCUCAUCGGGAGCAGCCCUGCGUCUCUCCACACACGGAGGCUGCAAAGAGCGGUGGGAAUGACAUCCAACCUGAGGAUAUCGGCAUCGACAAGGAGCCUGAAAGCCUGCCAUCCCAGGACUGCGAGACAGGGGGCGCAGGCGAACACAAGGAAGAAUGGUGCGCCCCUCUGGAACCUGGGGUUCCAUCAGAGUCUGGGGAAACCAACUCCGGGCAGGACUCUGAAGACACAGACUCUAAGACCCAGAGCGUUCCCCUGGCCUCUGGAGAUCCCCCCAGUGAUGGGGAGACCCAGGCUGCCUCCACCUCCCCACAAAGCAAUCGGACUAAGAGCCCUUGCAAAGCUCCUUCAGAUGAAGUGGAGGAGGCAAUGGAGGAGGGGGAUCCCAAACCCUCUGAAAUGCAGCACGCAGUCCCGGAAGGAGGGAGCAGCCCUUCCUCUCUGCGGCCUGGCGCUGGGGAUUCCCUCCUGGACCCUCUGGAGGACUCUCAGGAGGAGGAGGAGGAGGAGGAGGGCUGCGAGAAAGCGUCUCCCAUGGAGGACUUGGCGGCAGAGAAUAAGCUAAAGCAGGAGGAGCCCGAGGUCGACCCCGAGCAGGAGGCAGCGUCUCCCCCUGGCAGGAGGAGGAGCAGUGGCGGCAGCCUGGUGAUGAAGCCGGAGUACAUGGACGAGAUGUCCAACCUGAGCCACGAGGAUGCCAGCAGCAGCGGCUUCCUGGAGUCCCCCGGAGAGCCCGACUCCUCCCUCUCCAUGGAACUGGGCCUGGUGUCGGCCAGCCGGGCGCGCUCCGACUCGCUGCUCACAGAGACAGACGACUCGCUGCCCUUCGACCCCGGCGCCAUGAAGAUGGACGGAGAGAAGGUCAAGAGGCGGAACUCCCCGGGGCGAUCGCGGAUCAAACAGGGCCGCAGCAGCAGUUUCCCUGGUAAACGGCGUCCUCGCGGUGGGGGAGGGGGGAGGGGCCGCGGCCGGUCCCGUCUCAAAGCCAUGGCCUCCUGCAUCGAGGCUUUCCUGUGCAUGGACGUGGAGGCCUCCCCCAGUAAGGAAGAGGACGAUGAAGAGGAUGAUACGAUGCAGAACACGGUGGUGCUGUUCUCCAACACGGAUAAAUUCGUUCUGUUGCAGGACAUGUGUGUGGUUUGUGGCAGCUUUGGCCGAGGCGUAGAGGGGCAGCUGCUGGCUUGUGCCCAGUGCGCCCAGUGUUACCACCCCUACUGCGUCAACAGCAAGAUUACCAAGAUGAUGCUGAGCAAAGGCUGGCGCUGUCUGGAGUGCAUCGUGUGCGAGGUGUGUGGCAAGGCCUCGGACCCGGCACGCUUGCUGCUGUGUGACGACUGUGACGUCAGCUACCACACGUACUGCCUGGACCCCCCUCUGAACACUGUACCCAAGGGAGGCUGGAAAUGCAAGUGGUGUGUGUGCUGCCUGCAGUGUGGAGCCACCUCCCCUGGUUUUCACUGCGAGUGGCAGAACAACUACACCCACUGUGCCCCCUGCGCCAGCCUGGUGGCCUGCCCAGUCUGUCGAGAGAACUUCAUGGAAGAGGAUCUGCUGCUGCAGUGUCAGCAUUGCGACCGGUGGAUGCACGCAGUGUGUGAGACGCUCUUCACUGAGGAUGAGGUGGAGCAGGCGUCUGACGAGGGAUUCAUCUGCUCAGGCUGCUGCCCAUAUGUGCCCAAGCCUGCCGUAGUGGAAGCACCUGUCAGCACUCCUGUUAAAGUGAAGGAGCCAGAGCCUCAGUUCCACAGGCUGGAGGGGGUCUGGCUGACUGAGUCCGGGAUGUCUCUGCUCCGCAGCAUCUCCAUCUCUCCUCUCCACAAGAGGCGGCAGCGGCGCUCCCGAUUGGGUACGCUGUGUGGGGAGGCGGGGCCAGAUGGGCUGGAGCUGAAGGAAGUAGAUGGAGACGGUGACGAGGUCAAAGGAGGGGUAGAGCCCAUGGACUGUGACUCCAAACUGGACGUCCUGGGAAGCCCUGGCCGGGAGGGGGGUCCCGAGAGAGACGCAGAGGGGGGCCCGGAGACGGAAGGGGGGAAGGCAGGAGCGGAGGAGACAGACGAAGGAAAGAAAAGGAAAAGAAAACCCUAUAGACCAGGGAUCGGUGGGUUCAUGGUUCGGCAGAGGAAGUCUCACACACGGGCGAAAAAGGGGCAGCUUCCCCAGCUACUGCCAGGAGAGGCAGGAACAGAGGGUCCCAGCACUGAGAGGAACCCAGAGGAAGGUGCUCCCCCGUGUACCCCAAUCGAUGGCCCAUCCGAUCCCAAAGCAGCCGAGCCAGAAGGGGAGCAGGCAAAGAAACGGAGAGGCAGGAAGAAAAGCAAGCUGGAGGACAUGUUUCCUGCUUAUCUCCAGGAGGCGUUCUUUGGGAAGACGCUGCUGGAUAUCAGCCGGAAGGCUGUGAAGGAUGGGGGUGGAGCUCAGCGACUGGCACAGGGGCUGCACCGGCCUGCCCAGCCCAGCACCACCCUGCAGACGACCCCACAGGAGUCUGCAACCUCCCUGACAUCGCAGGAGCAAGCAGGGGCUGCGAAGGACAGAGUUGCUGCAGACGGCACCCAGCUCAAAGAGGAGGGCAGUCGAACAGCAGAUAACCAGGGAGACGAUGCUGGUGCGGCUGCCGCUUCUGGUACAGAGCCACCUUCCUCUCCCAAGGAUAAGACCUCGACUCCAGCAGAGGGCACUCUGAGCUCUGAUACAGACAAGCCGUCUUCAGAUGGUUUGCCCUCAGGGGUAGAGAGCCAGGAUUCCCAGCAGUUCUUUCGGAAGGUUUUGGGGAUGAAGGAUGGCGCCACGCUCACCGGAAACCUGCAGGCGACCAUGCGUCCCAUACUGGAGACCACUGGGAGCACGGGAGACCUGAGCAGACAGACGCUGUCCCAGAGAUCCUUCUUGCCAGGUGGCUCCUUGACUGGUGCGCUCCCCUCUACCGGGAUAAUGGAUCCAUUCCCGGGGCUCUCGCAGUCCCCCUUUUUCGAUAGCAGGGAUCGGAGCGGCUUGUUCAGCCCAGACCAGGGGGACCCAGACAGCCCCUGGGCCACCCCCUCCACCCCAGCCACUCCCUCCACUCCCCCAACCCCCACAGAGCAGGACAGCGACGGGCUCUCCUAUAACCAGCGCAGCCUGCAGCGCUGGGAGAAGGACGAGGAGCUGGGGGAGCUCUCCACCAUCUCCCCUGUGCUGUACGCCAACAUCAACUACACCAACCUCAGACAGGACUACCCAGACUGGUCUAACCGAUGCAAACAAAUCAUGAAAAUGUGGAGAAAGGUUUCAGCAGCUGACAAAGUGCCCUAUCUGCAAAAGGCCAAAGACAACAGAGCAACUCAACGCAUUAACAAGGCACAGAAGCAGGCAGAGAGCCAGGUCACCCGGCCAAUAAAGACUGAAUUCAAGCAGAAAGGGGAGAGGCCAGCCCUACACCUGCACAUCCCUCCUCCCUCCGGCACAAUCUCCACCCCCUUCCAGCCCAGCUCUGCUGAGAGCCCCUUCCCGUACAGCCAGGACCCGAGCACUUCCUUCUUCCCCAGCACCGGGCCUCCAGCCUCGGAGGGGAUGCUCAGAACUCCUGGAUCAGUGUCUGGGAUGGAAGUGCAGGGUGACCCCUUUACAAAAAUGCCACCUCAAUCGCCCCACCACUACAGCAACCCCUCAACGCCUUUCUCACAGUCUUCCAGCCCCAUGCAUGCCUCUUCUGGCUUCCAGAUGCCCCCAGGGAUCCCCCAGGGUAGACCUCCUAGCUUGGGCACCUUGGAUCUGCAACCUGGUACUCCUGGUACCCCAAGGCGCCCUCAACCAAUGGCCAAUGAUCCCUUCCUGAGACCCCAACAGCAGCAAGCUGGUGGUGCCCUCCAGGAGCCCUUGGCUCCUCCCGAAAGCCCAAGGCUGAGGCAGGGUCCUGCUGCAGGAGAAUGCUUUUCAAAACCUGGGGAGUCCCCCUUGCUUUCCCAACCCCCGACACACUUUGGGGACCUUUUCAGGGUCAGAAUGGAACAGAGGCAAGAAUGUGGGAUGACUUCCUCCUCCCCUGCAGCCACUCCUGGGCUUGGACAGAGGCAGGAUUUCAUGGGGCUCCCUUCCCCAGCACCUACUGCCUCCAUGGGGCCCCGGCCGGAUUUUGGCAUCGGUUCGCCCGCCUCUGCUGCUGUAUCUGGGUUCCCUGAUGGCAGUGGGCACAGUGACGUUUUUAAAGCUCCCAUGACUCCACGAAUGCACCAGGGGGAGCAGGUGAACCCUCUUCAGGGCUACUCCACCCCUCAGCACCCGGGGGCCUCCCCCCAGCAUCACACAGACCAGUACAGACAGUCUCCUUCCACCCCCUUCUCUGACCCAUACGCCCAGCCCCCACUCACUCCCCGGCCCCAGUCUGGGGACAGCUGCUCCCCUCUGCCCCAAAGAGGCCUCCCUCUGGACACCUGCUCCAGGGUGCCAGCCAGCCCGCAAUCUCAAGGUAGCUGCCAGUCGCCCCUGACCCCCGGGGCCCUGUCCAACGAUGCCUACUCUUGCCAAUCCCCAGUGACUCCUCGCUUCCAGUCUCCGGACCCUUACUCGCGCCCUCCAUCCCGCCCUCAAUCUAGAGACCCUUUCGCCCCUAUGCACAAGCCACCCCGGUCCACUGCAGGGGAGCCCAGUUACAGGACCUCUCCCCACGUCAGCCAGCCAGGCACCCCUAUGGGGGACUCCCUUCCCAAGGGCCCUUCUGCCCAGCCGAGCUUUGCCAGGAGCCCCAGCGUGGGCCUGUUCCCCAGCCCCCAGCACCAGACUCGAGUGGUGCCAGCAACCUACGCUGAAGCUGCAGUACACUCCCCGUCGCACCAGCCUGGAGCACCCCAGCACGCUCCUGCCAUGAACGUGAACAUGAACAGCUUCGCCCUGCGCUCCCCAGAUCCCUCCUUCCAGCCACAGAGGGCGUCUCUGGUCCGCAUGCCAGAGAGGCGGGAGGAAGCGCCCAGCCCCCAGGAGCUUCCUGACCUUUCAUUGAACCAGGACCCGUCACUCAGUGGCCUCAGCCAAUUGGAGCUUGAGAAGCACAGACAGAGACAGAGACUGAGGGAGCUGUUGAUCAGGCAGCAGAUGCAGAGGAACUCGCUGCGUCAAGAGAAAGAGGCGGCGGCAGCAAACAGUGGCGCCACCACCUGGCCAGGGGAGACUGCAGGCUACCAGCAGGACAAAUCACAGCGGGCUCCACCGCCCUACCCCGCCGUGCAGGAGAGAGCUGCUACAGGAACAGGAAGUCCCGCCUCCCUGGAUGAUAAGGUGAUCCGACCCCCACCAGCCGGAACUCCAGCUGUCCUCGACCCCAGUGUGAUCAGGCAACCUGUGACCAGCAGCCCCCAAGGUUUUUACACCAGGGGUCCCUUCCCAGGGCAGUGGCAGGGCCAGCCAGGGGCCAUGAGACGCUUCCCACAGCCUUCCGGAAUAGAGGGGGGUCCCAGACACCCCCUCAAUAUAGCGGUCAGCAACAUGCAAGGCCUUCCACCCAGACAGCUGGUACAGGCACAGACGGAGGCAAUGCAGGCUCCCCACGCCCCCAUGGUCCCUCAAUUCAUUGAGCUCAGGCACAAUGCACAGAGACUCCCGGUGGGGGCCCAGUUUGUCCCGAGGAGUCCCCAGCCACGGACACGACUCUUCCUGCCCAACCAGGAAGUGGGUGGCCCUUACACCCAGCCUCUCCCCCCACCACCAGAGGGAGUCAGAGGGCCAGGAGUUGGGGUGCAGCCAGUAACGGCAGGGGCACUGAUGAUGCCUCAACACAACACUGUGCCUCCUUCUCCUCAUCAUCCACAAUCUCCCAGUACUGCCCCACAGCCUCCUCAUCCUCCUGCCAGUCUUCCCCAGCCAGUGGGACACCCUUCCACCAGCCGGCCUUGUCUACUCCCCUGCCCGGAACCCGAGCUGGAUGAUGACUUCGGCUCCCACAAGGGCCUGGAGGGGGAAGAGGAGGAGGAUGAUGACCUGGCUAACCUGAGUCUGGACCCAGACAAGGCAGAUGAUGACCUGGACAGCCUGGAGACCGCGGACCCCCACCUGGACGACCUCCUGAAGUGCGAUGAGUUCGACCUGCUGGCCUACACCGACCCCGAGCUGGAUGUGGGUGACCGCAAGGACAUCUUCACAGAGCAGCUGCGGCUGGUGGAAGCGGAGAGCGACGUCGGCUCGGACAGCAAGGGGGACCCCCAGAAAUCGCAGGAAGGGGACUCCUCCCAGGGGCGUCGGAACCCACAAGCCCUGGCAGCCCCCAGCACUGCUGCUCCAACCCCUGCUGCUGCUGCUGCUCUGGAUCGGGGUCGUGAAGCACAGCCACCCCCUGCCCCAGAACUGGGCAACGUGGACCUGAAGAAACUGAAACAAGAGGACGACGGUUCCCAGACGUACACCUGCCAGUUCCAGCGAGAGCAGAAGCCAGUUAAAGAGCUGUGUCAGGUGAAGGACGAAGUAGGUGAGGCAGUGUCCAUGUUGCUCCACACCAAACAGGGGUCUUCGAAUGGGCUUUUCCCGCAGGGUGGCGGUGCCCCUAGCUCCAGGACUGCAUCUCUGAGUUCUGUGAGGAUCGCUGGCCUGCCGUUCCCAAUGAACAGCCCUUCCCACCCCCUUCCCUACACUCCUCCCCCGGCCUCUGACCGGCCUGGCAUGGCCAAAUUCGACCUGGACGAGGAUCCUCUGAGCCUCCCGGAUGGGCAGCACUCUCCGGCCGUUGACCUGGACAAAGUGGAGAGCUCUCUGGAAGCCAGCGAGCUGCCCCUGCUAAUACAGGACCUACUGGAGCACGAGAAGAAGGAACUGCAGAAACAGCAGCAGCAGCAGCAGCAACAGCAUCAAUUGUCCUCCCUACAGCAAGGGGUGAACUCACACCUGCACCCUGUCCAGCAACAGUCUGUUCUGCUCCAGCAGGUGGGACCUCACCGAGCUCCCCCACCUCCUCACGCUCUCAUGGGACAGCAGCAACAGUUCCCCCCGGGGAUGGUUCCCAGGCCAGCUCAGCCGCCCCCCUCUCACAUCAUGCCCCCCCAGCAACAGCAGAGGCUCUUGGGGCCAACCAUGCCCCAACAUGUGGCCAUGGCCCAGGCACAAGGCCUUAUGGGCACGGGUCAGUCGCCCAUUGGAGGACAGCCACAAGGGCACCAUCUGGUCCCAAACCAGCACACCAUUUCAGGAGCGCAGCAACAGAUGGGGAUCAACGUGAAGCAGCAGCAGCUGACCAACAGCUUCUUCCCUGAUACAGAUUUGGAUAAGUUUGCCACGGAGGACAUCUUGGACCCCAUUGCCAAAGCGAAGAUGGUGGCUCUGAAGGGAAUCAAGCGAGUGAUGGCACAGGGCACCAUCGGGGUACCCCCAGGGAUCAACAGGCAACAAGUGUCGCUGCUGGCACAGAGACUGGCUGGUACACCAGGGUCGAGCGAGGCACAGAACAGACUGCUUCCAGGAACCGGGAAGGAGAGUGAGGGGAGUAGUGAUCCAGCACCAUCUCGACCGAACCCCCCACAGUUCGCCCAGGGAAACAUCAACGAUGCUGAGCUGCGGCAGUACGAGGAGUGGCUGCUCCACACACAGCAGCUCCUGCAGAUGCAGCUCAAGUUCCUGGAGGAGCAGAUCGGGGUGCACAGGAAGUCCCGCAAAGCGCUCUGUGCCAAGCAGCGCACGGCCAAGAAAUCAGGGCGCGAGUUCCCCGAGGCAGACGCAGAGAAACUCAAACUGGUCACAGAGCAGCAGAGCAAAAUCCAGAAGCAGCUGGACCAGGUCCGGAAGCAGCAGAAGGAGCACACAAACCUGAUGGCAGAGUACCGAACCAAGCAGCAGCAGCACCAACAGCAGCAGGGCUCGGCUCACCUGGCCUCCGGGGCCUCGCAGAUAUCCAAACUGCCCGGGCAGCUGCUGCCGGGACCCCUGGGACCGCAGCCUGUGCACGUGCCUCCUAUCGGAGUGUCGGUGCCUGUCCAGCAGGGCCAACCCUUCCUAGGCUCACCUCAGACCCCACACCCUGCGGCUGUGGGUGCUGUCGGCGCAUCCCCUGGCCCUUCCGGAAAUUAUUUCACACAAGGAGGCCCGCUCCCAGGGAACGACAACAGGCUGGUACAGGAGAGGCAGAUGCAGCUGCAGCAGCACAGAAUGCAGCUGUUGCAGAAAAUGCAACAGCAGCAGCAGCAAGGCAUUAUGGGCCAGCAGCAGCAACAAGGUGGUGGUGGGCAGCAAGGGCUCAUGGGUAACCCGCUGAUGGCUCAGCAGCCCCAGCAAGGCAUGAUGGGAAGCCAGCAGGUGGUGCAGACCCCACAGGGUGUUAUGGGUAACCAGCAAGGCAUCAUGGGUGGCCAGCAAAUUGUACCGAACCAACAGCAGAUGGUACAGAAUCAACCAAGCAUGAUGGGAAAUCAGCAGUUGGCCCAGGGGCCGCAGAACCUCAUGGGCGCCCCGCAAAUGACGCAGCCAGGCAUGAUGGGGAUUCGGCAGAUGGUACCGAACCAGCAAGGCAUGAUGGGGAAUCAGCAACCAGCCAUGGCCGGGACCAUGUUGGCUCAGCAGGCGCUGCAAGGCCCUGUGGGUGCUCAGCAGCUCCUGAGAGAAAAGCAGCAAGUCUUAGGAGCCCAGCUAACUGCCCAGCAGCAGAAUAUCCUAGCCCAGCGCCUGCAUCUGUCCCAGCAGCAACAGGCUGCCAAGGGACUGGCUCAUCUCCAGCAGCAAGGGUUCGUAGGGCAGCCUGGUCAGCAAGAUGGUGGAGGACAGCUCCAUCCAGCUCCUUCCCGACCAGGAUCCACCGACCAGGGCUUUCUGGCGCCUUCUACUCCGGGAGGAUCCCAGCAGCAAGAAGGGCAACAGCAGCAGGGAACCCUGGAUGGGCUGCAGCAAGGAACGCCAUUACAGGGUCUUAACCAGGAGCAGAACUCUGGUCCCAAGGAGCAAGGGCUGCUCAGUCCCAGGCCACAGCAGGGCCCCCUGACCCCACAUCGGUUACAACAUCCUGGAUCUGCGGGUGACCAACAGGGGGCAGCGCUGCAGCAACAGCACAGCUUUAUUGGGCAGCAGCAGCAGCAGCACAGCUUCAUAGGACAGCAACAGCCGCAGCCAGGCAUGAGUUCACAGGCACAGCAGGCGCAGUUAGCUCUGCAGAGGCAAAGCUCUCUGGAGAAGCCAGGCAAUGGAGGGCAGACCCAGGUAAUUGUGAAGCAGGAGGUGCAGCAGCAGACGUGCUACGUGGGCCAGCACCAAGGAGUGAUGGGGCAGAAACUGGGCCAACCUCAGGGCAUUGUAGGACAGCAAAAUAUGGUUGUGCAACAGCAAGCCAUUGUGGGCCAACAGCAAAGCAUCAUGGGUCAACGCCAUCCAGGCCAGCUGCAGCAAAGCAUCAUGGGUCAGAAGCAAGGCAUGAUGGGGCAGAUGGCUGUUGGCCAGCAGAUAUUGAGGGGUCAACAAGGAAUGAUGGGACAGCGGGCACCUAUGCCCAUGGGCCAGAUCCGAGCCCCCCCAAACAUCCAGGGGCUGAUUUCUCAGAACCCUCAGCUGCGUCACUUAACCCCCCAGCAGCAACAGCAGCUCCAGGCCAUCCUGACACAGCGGCAGCUGCAGCAGGGGCAAAUCCUGAGGCUUUCUGCGGGGCAACCAGCCAUCAGCCAGGCCCAGCCUCUGGGGCAGAGGCUACAAGGAGUUGUAACGCAACAGCAGCAAGGCAUUAUGGGACAGCAAUACCAGCAGCCAAUGCAACAAGGGCUUGUGGGUCUGCAGCAGCAGCAGCAAGGUGCAAUGGGACAGCAGCAACCUCAGCAAGGAGCUAUGGUACAGCCGCAGCAAAUGCAACAAGGUGCGAUGGGACAGCAGCAGCAAAUGCAACAAGGGGCGAUGGGACAGCAGCAGCAAAUGCAACAAGGGGCGAUGGGACAGCAGCAGCAAAUGCAACAAGGGGCGAUGGGACAGCAGCAACCUCAGCAGGGAGCUAUGGUACAGUCGCAGCAAAUGCAACAAGGUGCGAUGGGACAGCCGCAGCAAAUCCAGCAAGGUGCGAUGGGACAGCAGCAGCAAAUGCAACAAGGUGCGAUGGGACAGCAGCAACCUCAGCAGGGAGCUAUGGUACAGUCGCAGCAAAUCCAACAAGGUGCGAUGGGACAGCCACAGCAAAUGCAACAAGGGGUGAUGGGACAGCAGCAACCUCAGCAGGGAGCUAUGGUACAGCCGCAGCAAAUCCAACAAGGUGCGAUGGGACAGCCGCAGCAAAUCCAACAAGGUGCGAUGGGACAGCAGCAACCUCAGCAAGGAGCUAUAGGACAACCACAGCAAAUGCAACAAGGUGUGAUGGGACAGCAGCAACCUCAGCAAGGAGCUAUGGGACAACCACAGCAAAUGCAACAAGGUGCGAUGGGACAGCAGCAACAACAAGGCUCUGUGGGACAGCAGCAACAAUUGCAGCAGGGUGUCAUGGGACAACAACUCCAGCAAGGGAUUAUGGGGCAACAGCAACUACUAAAGCAGCAGGGGGUUAUGGGACAGGAGCAACGCCAGCAAGGUAUGGCAGGUCAGCAACAAAUCCAGCAAGGUGUCAUGGGGCAACAGCCAAUGCAGCAAGGUGUUCUGGGACAGCAGCUACAGCAAGGGGCAAUGGGUCAAAGGCCCCUACAGCAAGGCAUGAUGGGGCAGCAGGUUUGCACGACUCCUCAGGGUCGAAUGAUCAGGCCGAUGUCUCCCAGGCAGCAGCAGCCAGCACGCCAGGGCUCUCCCCAAGAGCAGGCAGCCCUCGCCCAGCAACAGAGAAACCUGAUGGGGCGCCCCAUGCCUCAGCAAACCAACAUAGGCUUGCGACCGGUGGUGCCAGUGCAGGGAGGCCAACAGCAAGUGUUGGGAAACCAGCCACCCACUCCCACCUUAACCCCUAGCCCCUUCCAGCCAUUGACGCCAGUCAACCAGCAAGGAGUCUCUGGAUCACCAUUACCAGGGUCUCCUUCUGGGACCCUUCCCAUGCGGCCUUCCUCUGUGUCUUCAGAAACGAGCCUGCCACCUUCCAGUCAACAGGAUGCUAAUGCCACUCCAAGCCCUUCCCAGGCUUCAAACACUGGGGCAACUCCCAAGCAGGAACACAAGCUAUCCCCUGUUGGGGAACCCCAGGAGAAGUGCAGCUCCAUGGGGCCAGCAAGGUCUACUGAAACUAAGGCUGCGCUGGGCUUGCCUGACAUCAAAUCAACGUCGGGUGAACCGAUGAAAUCCGAUUCCCAGGAGAGAACCGCACCCCCAGAGGCUUCCCAGCCCGUUGAGCCCAAACCCAGCGGGGGGCAGCCCAUGGAGGUGGAGCGGCAGGCGGGAGUGGAGAGCCAGCAGGGUCCCAGCUGUGUGGACAAUCUCUACAGAAUGACCCUGCAGAACAUCAAGCAGGAACCCAAGGAGGAGAGGCAGUGCGGAGGAGGAGGCGCCAGGGAUGAUGGGAGGACCAGCGCCAUCAAGAGGGAAGCCAACGGGGAGCCAGUGGGGCUGAACUCGGGGAGCCCAGUCACCCCCGGCCCCCGUUCCGAGGCUGGCCAGUUGCUACUGCAGAAGCUGCUGCGGGCAAAGAACCUGCAGCUGGCAGCACACCGGCCAGUGGACGGCAUCCACAGCGAGAUCAACGGGCACAUCGACAGCAAGCUGGCAUUGCUGGAGCAGAAGCUGCAGGGGACCCCGCGCAACAUGGAGGAUCUCCAGGCUUUGAGUAAGAAAGCACCGGGAGCAAAACCGAAACGGGUGCCCAAGUCUGGAGAGAAGCUGGCCAACUCGAGGAAGAAGAGCAAGAAAGAGGAAGGAGGGAAGUCGGCAGAGGCUCUGAUGAAGCAGCUCAAACAGGAGCUCUCCCUUCUUCCUCUCAUGGAGCCUUCCAUCACGGCAAACUUUGACCUCUUCGCCCCCUUUGGAAGCAGCCCCAUCAACGGGAAAAACCAACUGAAGGGGGCGUUCGGUAACGCUGUGCUGGACAGUGUCCCAGACUACUACUCCCAGCUUCUCACCAAGAACAACCUGAGUAACCCGCCCACGCCCCCCUCCUCUCUGCCCCCCACCCCUCCCCCCUCGGUGCAGCACAAGAUGGUGAACGGGGUCACCGCGGUGGAGGAUCUGCCUGAGGGGUGCAAGGAACCUGAGGCCCCCUCCGAGCCUGAAGAAACCAAAGACUCCUCUGCUGAAGAAGUGAAGAGUGUGGACCUGCUAGCUGCUCUCCCAACCCCUCCCCACAACCAAAAUGAAGACAUAAGGAUGGAGAGUGAUGAGGACAGUGACGCCCCUGACAGCAUCGUCCCAGCCUCCUCCCCGGAGAGCGUGCUGGGAGACGAGACCUCUCGCUUCCCCCUACUCACCGACCUCAAAGAGGAGGAUCUGGAGAGAGCCAUCUCUCCUGUCAUCCCCAUCAUCCCACGGGCAUGCAUUCCUGUUUUUCCUGAAAACAAACCCUUCGAAAUGGUGAACUCUUCCUUUCCCGAACAUGCUGGGAAAGUGGCAUCUGCGAGCGGUCCCUGGGAGAAAGCAAAGGGAAGCGAGGUCUCUGUGACCUUCACACUGUCUGCCGCGGCUGCAAAGAACCUGAACACCGUGAUGGUGGCGAUGGCACAGCUCCUACACAUGCGCAUCCCCAACUCCUACGAGGUGGCUUUCCCAGAGAGUCCCGGGCGGGGCGUCCCAGACCAGAGGAAGUCCCCCGCGGAGCUGCAGGCUCCAGCGGUGCUGGCCGGGAAGCCGAAGGCAGCAGAGGGGGAGAGGACCCCCCAGGAGAAGAGCGACUGGCUGAAGCAGUUUGACGUCUCGCUCCCUGGCUGUACCCUGAAGAAACAGGUGGACAUCCUGUCUCUCAUUAAACAGGAGUCCCCAGAGCUGGAGGAGAAGCCAGUACAGCACUGCUACGUCACCAAUGUGUCCAACCUGGACGUGAGGCACCUGCCAGUGAUCCCAGUGGAGACCUCUCCACCCCAGUCCCCCCCUGCAGCCUCCUCCCCAUCCAGCCUGGCCAAUCCCAUCAAACUAGAGCCGGAGCCUGAGCCCAUCCUACCCCCUCCUCCGCCCCCUCCCAUCCCAGAGCCCCCCAAAGCCAAGCAGCGCAGCCGGCCACCCUCGGAGGAAGAGGAGUGCAAGCCCAAGGUGAAGAAGUGGAGAGGCCUGCGCUGGAAACGGCUGCAGCUGCUGAUCACCAUCCGCAAGGCAGGCUCUCGCCGGGAGACGUGGCGUGAGAUCGCGGAGCUCAUCGAGAAGCUGCGAAUCACCCUGCGGCCGGACACCCUGCCCAGGGACCUGCGCAAGUGCUGCUUCUGCCACGAGGAGGGCGACGGGGCCACCGACGGGCCGGCCCGCCUUCUCAACAUCGACCUGGACCUCUGGGUGCACCUCAACUGCGCGCUGUGGUCCACGGAGGUGUACGAGACCCAAGGGGGCGCCCUGAUCAACGUGGAGGUAGCCCUUCGGCGCGGCCUGCGGACCAAGUGCGCCUACUGCCAGAAAACUGGCGCCACCAACAGCUGCAACCGGCUGCGCUGCCCCAACGUCUACCACUUCGCCUGCGCCGUCCGGGCCCGCUGCAUGUUCUUCAAGGACAAGACCAUGCUGUGCACCCAGCACAAGCUCAAGGGCCCCAGCGAGGAGGAGCUGAGCUCGUUCGCGGUGUUCCGGCGCGUCUACAUCGAGCGGGACGAGGUGAAGCAGAUCGCCAGCAUCCUGCAGCGCGGAGACCGCAUCCACAUGUUCCGUGUGGGCGGCCUGAUCUUCCACGCCAUCGGCCAGCUGCUGCCCUCCCAGAUGGCCGUCUUCCACUCCUCCAACGCCAUCUACCCCGUGGGCUACGAGGCCUCCCGCAUCUACUGGAGCACCCGCUUCCCCAACCGCCGCUGCUGCUACCGCUGCCGCAUCGGGGAGGCGGACGGCCGGCCACUCUUCGAGGUGCGUGUCCUGGAGGAGGGGCACGAGGACAUCAUGCUCAAGGACACCUCGCCACAAGCAAUCUGGAACCGUGUGGUGGAGCCGGUGGCGCGGAUGCGGCGGGAGGCUGGCAUGCUGAAGCUCUUUGCGGAUCACGUGAAGGGGGAGGAGAUGUACGGGCUGACUGUGCACGCUGUACUGCGCAUCGCUGAGUCGCUGCCUGGUGUGGAGAGCUGUCAGAACUACAUGUUCCGCUACGGCAGACACCCGCUGAUGGAGCUGCCUCUUAUGAUCAACCCCACGGGCUGUGCCAGAUCCGAGCCCAGGGUACUGACGCACUACAAGAGACUUUUCUCUCUUUACCUCCUCUCCAGACCGCACACCCUCAACAGCACCAGCAUGUCCAAAGCCUACCAGAGCACCUUCACCGGGGAGAUCAACACGCCCUACAGCAAGCAGUUUGUGCACUCCAAGUCCUCGCAGUACCGUCGCCUCAAGACGGAGUGGAAGAACAACGUGUACCUGGCCCGGUCCCGCAUCCAAGGGCUGGGUCUGUACGCUGCCAAGGACCUGGAGAAGCACACCAUGGUCAUAGAGUACAUCGGCACCAUCAUCCGGAACGAGGUGGCCAACCGACGGGAGAAGAUCUAUGAGGAGCAGAACCGAGGGAUCUAUAUGUUCAGGAUUAAUAACGAGCAUGUGAUUGAUGCAACAUUGACUGGGGGGCCCGCCCGGUACGUCAACCACUCCUGCGCUCCCAACUGUGUGGCGGAGGUUGUGACGUUCGACAAGGAGGAUAAGAUAAUCAUCAUUUCCAGCCGCAGGAUCCCCAAAGGAGAGGAGCUCACCUACGAUUAUCAGUUUGACUUUGAAGAUGAUCAGCACAAGAUCCCGUGCCACUGUGGUGCCUGGAACUGCAGAAAGUGGAUGAACUGAAGAGCAAAAACUAAACCAGACAAAAAGGAAAUGGCCGAGUCCGCUGGAGAAUGGAGUUUGCUGAAAGGAAAACCAAAUUUGUUUCUCUUUGAAGAAGGAAAUAAAACAAAACAGGACCUCUGAUUUUUUCUGGAGUGCAAAGGAUUGGGCUCUUAAUCAUGUGAAAUAAACCUCCUCUUAAUAUAUAUAUUUUUUUCUUUCAGUAAUACUCCUGUCCCAAGGGCUGUGUAUAGGAUUUGGCCAUGUUUUCUUUAUAUAUCAACAGUCCAAGAGCAAGGCAAAUCUCAGAAAGGCACUUUGUUGAAUCUAAACACUCCUUCAGUGCUGAAUUCUAUUCGUUUUUCCAUUUCGGAAGCUUUGGGGAAGGAUUCUGUACAGAGAGGAACUUUAAUGCUAGCUCACCUAGUCUGCAACACAUUUUACUGAGAGGGGAUUUUAAACAAGAAAACAUAAGAACUAUUUUUAAUAAAUAAACACAUUAAUUCAUUAACUUGGUUUCUCAAACUGGUCUUUGUCUGUCCUCCACUGAAAUGACUAAACCGGACACAGCAGAGGGACUAUUAUAAUUUUUUUUUUUUUUUUUUUUUUUUUUUUAAUUCAGCUAGACAAUCCCGAAACUGAACGUGGCUCCAAAUAAUGUAAAAUACAGAUUAUUAUUAAUAAUAAUAAUAAUAAUAAUGGUGAAAAUAAAGUAUGGACUUGGUGAUGAUUGUGUGUAGUAGUUGAAGAUGGGUGUCUAUACCCAGCCUACCUCAUACUGUGUGUUUUUGGAAUCUUGUAGCUUCACGUGACACUUGGACUGCUUGGAUUUUUUGGGGGGUGGGGGGUGGAGGUUGGGGAGGGGUCAUGGCUGUUCGGAGAAGCAGGGGAGAAAUACAAGCAGCAGGCUUUUUUUUUUUUUUUUUCCACAUUACGCACAAACAGAUGGACUUGAUUGCAGUUCUCAUGAAGGGGGAGGCGGGAGCAGAUUGCUAAGCUCUGUUCCUCCAUCGUGGAUCUUGCUGAGUUGACCCAUGCAGGUGGAGGUAUACAGAGCGCCUGCUCUCCCUCCCUGUUUUGGAAGUUAACUCCGAAGGGAAGGCCUUGCACUGACUGGUGUCUCCCCUUGGCUCUCGUCCUUUUGUAUAUUUACUGUACUAUACAUUUUGCCACUGAUUAAAGCCCUCCCACAAGAGGGAGUAGAGGGGGAGAGAGAGAGACCUGCUGAUGGCAUCGGGCUUUUGGUGGUGAAAAGUGAAAAGGGCAUUUUAUUUUUUUUAAAUAAUUUAAAUUACGAACGGGGGAGGAUGCCGACGACUACGUUGUUGCUGCCGAACCUGGUCGGUAUAAAAUCAAAAUGUAAUAAUAAAAAAGCUGCAGAGUGUACAGAUUGUAAAUAUUCGGGGACAAACACUUGGCCCUUUUUAACCGAUUUUAAAAUAACAAUAUAAUAAACCAGCCACUGGAUAUCAUUUUUAUUAAAGAAAGAAAAUAUAGUAAACCUUGAUAAUGUGUAUAUGAACUGAGUUUUUUGCAUUUUACUAUUUUUUAUUUCCUUUUUUUUGUUUUGCUAGAAGCUUGUAAAGGCUGCCUGUACAUUUCUGCUGACAAAUUAAUAUUCGCCAAUGAUGUGAGAGUGAGACUAAGCUGGGAGGUUAUUUUAUUUUUGUGGGGAAAGGAGGGAUUUGUGGAAAAGUAUCCCAACAUUUUGUGUGUGCUAUUUUUUUUUUUUUUUUUAACAUAGAAUGUUCUGGUACCAGGAGACUGUGUGUGCUGGUAUCGAAUGAUACCAAAGUGGGUUGGCUUUUGCACAUUUGAGAUUGUUCACCAUCUUUUAUCCAAACCCCUCCCCCCCCCCCCCCCCCAAAAAAAAUUAAGACCCCAUUGUUUGUCAUUUAAAUAUAUGUAACUUUAUAAUUAAAUUGUCUGUUCAUCCCAAAAAUCCCCCCCCCCCCCCCUUUUUUUUUUUUUUUUAAAUAUGCAGUAAUUCAUUUUAACUCUGAGAACAUAAGCUGGUGACACAAGGUGAGUAAUCGCCAGAAGUUUAAUUCUGAACUGUUAUGAUUUAUUAAUUCCAACUAAUCAUGUGAAUCCAUUUGAAUUUUGGGAUUAAAGACGGUUUUGUCGGACACUUGGCCUGUAUGAUUGCGUUUUUAAAUAUAUAUAUUUUUAAUCUAAUUUAAACUCCUGGAUAAAUUUUACUUUAAAAAUCCAUAAUGCCGGGAUUUUAAGCAUUACACUUUAUUUUCUUUUUGGUUUAUUUUAUAAAUAUAUAUAUAUAUAUAUUGUGUUGUGUCGAUUCUGUAUAGCAGGGUUACAUUUAGGAAAGAGAGAGAAAAUGAUCAUUUUUAUUGUAUGUGGCAUGUUUUGUAUGGAUAUAAUUUGAAUUGUAUAUAAUUUAUGUUUGGCGACGCGAGAGGCUGUAUACCUCUCUCCGCUUAGUUUCUUGUAAAGGAAAAAUAAAAUGCAUUUUAAAUAUA